AUGUUACUGAAGCUCUUUGGAUCAGCGUGCAGUGAUGGAAAGGGGCGACCAGUUUUUCUCUUCAGAGCACACUUGGAUUCUCAAGAUCCUCCUGCCCUCAAGGAUUCAGAUUCAGACAAUUCAGGACAGGUCUUACUUGUAAUGGACUUAAUGAGGUUGCACAGCAAUGCAGUAUCCUCAGAUGUUGCAGGUCUCAUGGCUGCGCAGUUGCAGACAAAUCUGACUGUGGUCACAGAAUUUUUCCUCUUAGGAUUUCAAGGCAGUCAACAUUUCAGAAAUGGGCUUUUUCUUCUAUUUCUUGUUGUUUUUGUUGCCACAAUAUGUGGGAAUCUCCUGAUCAUCACCCUGGUGUCCACCAGCAAGAACCUCCACACUCCAAUGUACUUCUUCAUCUCACAACUGUCCGUCAGUGACAUCUUGGUGACCUCAAAUAUAGUUCCAAAUAUGCUCCACAUCCUACUGAAUAAUGGGAGAACGAUUACAUUUGUCAAUUGUAUUACUCAAUGGUAUUUCAUCUGUGCCUCAGAAACAUUUGAAUGUUUUCUUCUCACAGUGAUGUCUUAUGACAGAUAUGUGGCCAUCUGUAAUCCCCUCCGUUACACCUCUGUCAUGACAAUUUCAUUUUCUUCUAAAUUGUCCGCUAUGUGUUGGUUGUUGGGUAUUUUUGUUUCAUUUAUUGUCACUGUAACACCAUCAGAGCUAAACUUUUGUGGACCCAAUAUCAUUGACCAUUUAUUCUGUGAUCUUGUCCCCAUACUAGAACUUUCCUGUUCUGAUCCCUUCAUUGUUCAUUUGGAGGUUUAUAUAAUGGGAACUCCAAUUGUAAUAAUCCCAACUACAAUCAUUGUAAUGUCUUAUACUAAUAUUGUUACAACAGUCUUAAGGAUCCCAUCCACUACUGGUAGACAGAAAGCCUUCUCCACCUGUAGCUCCCACCUCAUUGUGGUCUCCAUGUAUUACUGGACUAUGUUUAGUGUUUAUAUUCUUCCAACAAAAGUCCUGACCCUCUCCAUGAGCAAAAUCCUCUCUCUGCUGUAUACUGUAUUUACUCCUUUUAUAAACCCCAUUAUAUACAGUCUGAGGAAUAAAGAUAUUAAGAAAGCCGUUCAGGAAACAUUUCAUAAACAUAUAAUAAAUGUCAAUUGA